CGGAUUGAAUCAAAAAUUCGUCUGCUCCAGACCAUGUGGAGUACUGGCUGUCGAGUCUGUAUCGAGCAAACAGGAAAUUCACUUACACAAUUUCAUAGCUGGUAAAUUGAUUUUGAUUUUAAAAUUCUGUAUUGGAUAUCUUCACACCAAGAACCACAAGAAGAAAAACACACUACCUGUGACACUAACAAAGAUUUUCUUCAUGUGGAAACCCAACGAAGAAUUUGUUGACAUCUUGUUAUCUAUGGGAAUUUCCCGAAAUGUUGCAGAAAGGGCACUACUCAACACAGGAAAUAGCUCAGCAGAAAUUGCAGCUACAUGGAUUUUUGAUCAUCCUGAUCUAACUCUUCCAGACAUUCCUAUCACUGUUGAUGAAAUAGAGAAGCUUGCAGGUUCUGUAUCUCUAGAAAACAUGAAUGGUGACACUGGAAGUGAAGAAGAAGAUGAGGAAUUGCCAGAAGAUUAUGAUGGACCAUACAAAAUGGUGUUUGUUGUUAACAUGGAAUUAGGCAUGGGUGUGGGAAAAAUAGCAGCACAAGUGGCCCAUGCUGCAUUGGGGUUACAUCGUGAGCUAAUUGAUAAAGAAAUGGAAAACAGUAAAGAAUGUGGACCCUUGUCUUGUUGGGAAGACUAUGAUGGAGAAAGGAAGAUUGCAUUGAAAGGAGAAAACAAGCAGCAUCUCCUUGAUUUAAUGCAGAAAGCAAAAGAAUCUGGUUUACUUCACUACCUUGUGAGUGAUGCAGGUCACACUCAAGUGGCACCUGGCUCGAAUACUGUCUUAUCAAUUUUUGGGAAAGAAUCCGACGUAAAUGAAAUUACCGGGAAAUUGAAAUUGUUGUAACAA